CGGGUGGUUCGUCACGGUGGCCAUGGUCUUUACCGUUCAAGCGGGGGCAAGCAACUGCAGCUCGGCAUUCGCCAACUUUCUCUCCGAUGAAAGUACCUUCCGCCGUAGCUGCCGCGUUCGCCGUGUCGUCGGCAGCUGCCCUCGACGCCAAGUUCUAUGGCAUGAACUACGACACCCGCCUCUCCGAGUGGGGCGGGUGCAAGGACGCGAACACGAUGGCCCAAGACAUGACUGUCCUCAAACAAGUCACGGACAACAUCCGCAUCUACUCGAUGAACUUUGAAUGCACCAAGCGCGUGCUGCAAGUCGCCGACAACCGCGGGCUCAAGGUCUGGCUCGGCAUGUGGAGCGAAAUCGACGCCCCCGGCGUCCACGACUCGUUUCCGUCCGAAAUGAACAACCUGAAAGCGCUCGUCGAACAGACCCAAGCGAUUCGAAAUGACAACGUCCUCGGCCUCCAAGUCUCGAGCGAGGCCUUGUAUCGGUACUACGUGCAAGGUCCUGGCAACGUGACCGGCAGCAGCGACCGUCGCGGCUACGACGCGCUCGUGAACCACCUCAACGAAGCCCGCAACUACCUCCGCGGCCGCGGGUACACGUUCCCAGUCGUGAUCACCGACAUCAUGGACAUGUACACGAUGUUUCCCGACCUGUACAACGUUGUCGACGUGGUGGCCGUCAACCAGUUUUCGUUCUGGCAGCACAUCACGCCCGAGGACGGCACACACUUUACGUUCACGCGGUUCCAGGAAGAACAAACUCGUGCCAAGCGCGCCGGAAAGCUCAUCGAGAUGCACGAAACCGGGUGGAGCACGGCCGGCGAGCACCCCGUCGUGACGGAAGCGUCGCCGCGCGCGCAAGGCGUGUUCACGCAGGACUUUUUGACGCUCGUCGCGCGGCAGAACAUCAACACGUACUACUUUUCCGGGUUCGACUUGCCCUUUGGGUCGAGCGACAUUGAAAAGAACUUUGGCAUAUACACGACGGACCGAGUCCUCAAGCCAGCGAUCGCCGCCGUCCGCGUCGGCGCGCCACUCCAGGCGGUCCGUUUGUGGGCCCAAGGCAACGUGAUCAAGGUCAAUCGCCACUGGAACGCCGACAACACGGUCAACGACAACUAUGGCCGCGUGUACGCGGAAAAGCCCGCGUCCGGCCGCUCUGGCAUCUUUGACGACGAGAUCUGGCUCUGGGACGCGGACGCUCGCAUAUUGUACUCCAAGAGCUCGGACGCGUGCUUGGAUUCGUACGGCGACCGCUACCAGCAGACGCUGCACACGUGGUACUGCUCCAAGGAGAACCGGAAUCAAAAGUGGUCGGUGAAAAAUGGCAACAUCGCGAGCCUGAACGACGCCAACUUUUGCAUCGACGUCGACUUGGCGCGGCCCAAGACGUCGGACGGCAAGCUCGUGGUCAAGAUGUUUCCGUGCGUCGGCCACCCAAACCAGGUGAUCUCGAUGGUGCCGGCCGCGGCCGAGCCAGUCGAAAUCGGAAUCAAGUCGAGCGGCGGCGUCCUGACCGAAUCGAACGGCAGGGUGUCGUGGGAAACCGUGCGCAAGUCGAAUGCCGACUGCCACCAGUGGUUCUAUGACCCGAUCACGCAACUCAUUGCGAGCAAGUCGUACCGCGGCCUGUGCUUGGACGCAUACGAGCGCAGGAACGGCGGCACGGUCCAUCUCUACUAUUGCAACGCCGCCAAUGCCAAUCAAAAGUGGGUCGUAAACGAUAUCACGGGCCAACUCCACCACGCAACGCACCUUGGCUUUUGCCUCGACGGCCCCGACAAUGCCAACGGCCUCGUUCACUUGUGGUCGUGCGAUAAAACCAACGUCAACCAAAAGUGGAGCAUCAAGCUCGUCAACGCCACGCCGUAAGAACGCAAGGCAGUCGGAGAGCGCCUUCGACAGCGACAUGACGCUGGUCAAAUCUAGCAUCGCGCGAGUUGCCGCUGUCUCGCCGGCGCUCGUGGCGGCGAGUGGUGUCCAUGGGCCAAAAUAAAAGCACUACUUUCCAACGUCGUGUGGAUCUCGUGUACAUAUUCCCGGCCACGGUGGUGGAGACAUGGGCUGUCGUGGGAUGGGAUAUAGUGGAGGAGAACGCUGGAACACACCCAAGUACUUGGACGCCGUUGUCGUUGUGGUCGAGCAGGUCGUGUCCAGCACGACCGAAGCGCGCGCGUGCACCCUAGUCUACACGCUUGG